CAAAUUUGAACUUACGACUCUGUCGGUCACUCUUCAUUUGAAUUUCCUCUCUUCUUCUAUACUGGAUUGACACAUAUAUACAUACAUUAUACAUAUGUAUAGAUCCUUUGAUUUCUUUCUCUAAAAUCUUUGGAUCUACAUUUCACAUAAGGAUUUUGUCAACAUUGAGAAUUUAGUAUCUGGGAAACAAAUUUUAUUUUAUGAUUAAGUGAAAUUCUUGAUCUUUAAGAAUUAAGCUCAAAUGGGUCAUGCUCCAAUUAAAGACGAAGAUUUCGUUAUUGAUCUUGAGAAUGGUAGGACGGAAAGUGAAAGCCUUGAUGAUCAGUUAUUGAGUGUAGAUGAUAGUUUCGUGAGUUUAAGUGUCGGUCCACUAGAUAAUGUCUUAAAAGUGGUGAUUGACUCAAAGGUGGGUGUAGAAAAGGAAGUAGAUUUUUCGGUCAAAAAAAUUGGGAAAGAGAAGCGUAAAAAGGCUUCAAGUGCGAAAAAACCACCAAAACCACCUAGACCUCCUAGGGGAUUUUCAUUGGAUGCUGCUGAUCAGAAGCUUAUAAAAGAGCUUGCUGAACUUGCUAUGAUGAAACGGGCAAGAAUUGAACGAAUGAAGGCAUUGCAGGCGAAGAAAGCGUUAAAGGCUUCUUCAUCAUCAUCGUCGUCGUCAAUGAGUGGUGGUAGCUUGUUUGCUAUGCUCUUUACAAUUAUCUUUUUCCUGAUGAUGCUUCUCCAAGGAAUGUCCUGUAGAAAUCCGGGCAUGACUACUUCUGCUGGUUCUCCGCAGACAGCUCAAACAAAGGAGAAUGGUCUAGUAUUUAUACAGGAGCAACUUAACCCAUCUGCUAGUGAUUCCAUUUUACCACAUACUCGAUCUUCAAAUUUAUUUCAAAAGAUUUCAGGUUCAGCUUCUGCUAGCAGGAAACUACUGUAGCUGAAUAAAAACAAUACUCCGUGUAUAGGAUACGUUAGUUCUAAUUGUGCUCUGUUAGAUUAGUCCUUUUUUAGAUACAGAUAUAAGCAAACGGCAGUAUCGCUGGAUUUGAGUUAGCUUGUAUGUUGUUUUUGUUCUUUCUUUAAGUUAGAUAAGUUUAAUAAUCUGUAAUGGAGUCAACAAUAAUCAAGAUCUGAUUUCCAUGUAAAUUAGUUGGGUUCAAUUUUCUAA